AAUCGAUUUGGAUUGAUUCUUUUUAGUGUAUUACGAGAAGUCACAUUGUUAAAGUAAUAUAUUUAUUUUAGUAUCUUACUACAUACGUCAAGCACGAGAAUGUAUGAGCCAUUGCCUACAUUCAGCGUUGAAAUACCAUCCAGCUCAUGAGAUAUGCUUAAUGGUCAGGCAACACAACGCAUGUACACGUACAGCAGACAGAGAGACUUCAGUUGGUAUGUCUUAGUAAUUUGGCUCAGGUAAAUAGUGUACAUAUACCAUCGAACGUAUAGAAGCUGGAGAGCCUCAGUCGUCAGUUGCCCGUCAUUUCAGCGUCCACAACAGUACAAAAUCACGUCUUUGGAACAGAUACAUGUACCAAAGAAUGUGCUGAAAUACGAUAUUGUUCAACAUGUGAAAUGAAAUGGGUCAUUUAACAAAACUCACAAGAAAGCUCUCACGGCGCAAAGGGGCUAAACAAGGCCAGACGGAAUGCCCUGAUCAGACGCAGCUGACACGAAAACAGAAAAGGAAACUCGAUCGUCAAAAUCGGACACAGAACGAAGUUAAAGCUGAACAGACACUAUCAUGCGAACCAAGUGAUGACAGUGACCUCUUGUCACCUCCUGUUGACUGUGAGGCAUUAACCGACACCCCGACCCGUCAACGAGCCCAUUCAGCUGGGUGGCUGUCUGGCCAUGAUGUUGACCCUCGCGCGAACAGAACGGGGUCAUAUUGUUGUCACGCACACUUUCCAUACCACGCAUGCAGCCAAAGCGUCCCUGACAUGCGACAGACCGAUCCGCCUGUAGCUGGUCCGACAAAACGAUGGGAAUCAGAUCCAGGACAAAUAAAUGUGACAGGAGUAUCUGGGGGAGCAGUAGAUACAUCAUACGCUGCAGGUAUUACCAGCGGCCCAGCCCAUCAAGGCAAUGUCAUUGUCAACAACUACACCCGACCAACAGAAGCAGCAAACAGUUCAGAUAAGGACACAUAUGCUGAUGAAGACCCAAACGAUGGCAACACGAACAUCAGAAACGAACUGAAGAGGACAUUCAUGUUCUACAAAGAUGACUUUGAACAUCUCUUGCAGCAGGCUGCAGGAAUCCUUCUGCUGUACAUCAUCCUGCCCCUGUUUGUCCUGGGAUGUAUGACAGGACUUACAUCAAGUAGUCCACUCAUCAAAUUUGGGGUGCUUGUUCUGGCAGUGUUUGUUUCUAGGUUCACGGUAGUACAUAAGUAGUUUUGAUAAUUAGUAAUAUCGUCAUGUGUAUAAACCUUCAUAGGGUUACAUACGUAACACAAUUAUGUACUUCUGAGUAUCAGAUUCUUGAAAGCAUAUUUUGUUCAGAAGCCAUCACUAUCCUCAAUGCUGUGAAUAUUUUUGAUUACGCGAACGUGUAAAGGAAUUUAAACUGAUAAUAUGAUGUUCCCUCAGUAUACUCAGCCAUCAACAUAUGUGAUAUGAACAGUUAAAGGCUUAACGCUACAUGCUACAUGUGUAUAUGCAUGUGAUGAAAUAUGAAACCAUCCAAACAAAUCUGAAGUACAAAUCAUCUGGUAUCCUAAGGAAAAUCAUUUGCCGUUACCUAUACCAUGAAAAGGAAUAAUAUUAUUUUCCAUUAUUGGAAGGAUAAUCAUGUGAGAUAGUCUUAUUUAUGUCUGUGGUUGGAUAAAGAUGUUAAAAGGUUUCAACAUGACAAAGGUUAAAUGCAAAUUCUAAAACCAUCGUAUGUUUGAAAUAGGUUAACAUAACCGUCCAUGGACAUAUAACAUAAGUCACUCACAUUCCCCUAUCUCGAAAGAGGAUGUUUUACAUUUUUAACGCUCCAGUCAUACAGCAUGUAUAUGUAUCAGAAAAUGAGCAUGAUACACUGUAAGUGUCUUACUAAAAGCAAGUCUAGAUCAAACUUAACCAAGUCUACUUUCCAAGUCUACUAAAUUACAAUUAGUUUAAAGGAAUGUUUUGUAGAUUAAGUGUUAGUCUAUGUUAUUCUACACAACUAGCUUCAAUGAAAUAAUGUAUUUAAUUGCCGCCUUUAGCGUUUAUAUACUUACGUGGUCAUGUACUUAGGAUCUUAACAUUUGGCAUUUUCCCUUCAAGGCUAAUUCUGAUGGUUCCCGUCGUCAUUUUCUCUCUCUUUGUCACCAAUUAAAUAAAAGGUGAGGUCAGGUGGGGUAAAAUGGGGUUCAACGUCGCGUCCAAGAUUAUUGCACUUAUAUAGCGAGGUGCAUGCACGUGUUUGUGUGUGUGUGUGCGUGCGUGUGUGUGUAUUGCUGCUUGUAGUAGUCCGGAC